AGCAGGCAGCAGUACUGGAGUACGAAUCAAUUUGAGCUAGCACUGUGUGUGACUGUUAUACGAGUUAUACGAAUUCGACGAGUGUCUGUAUCGAACAACUUCUUGAGGACUUCCGGAGCGGUAAAGACAAAGCCAGUCAUACCAAUAAACUUCCUGAAAUAGCUCCAAUAAAAUAUGGCAACAGGUAAGAAUGUGAUAGAUUUAACAUCUGAUGGAGAAGACGGAGACUACCAGGAUAGGAAGCCAUCAAAUACCAGAAUUGAAUCAAAACAGUCAUCAAGUUCAGAAGGAAAAGGAUCAUCUAUUCAUUCCAGUACCAAAUGCAGGAAAAUCCCAAAGAGCAAGGAUAGUGCUCUAUCCUGUAAGAUCUGCAGGAAGAAAUUCAACGACAUGACAACCCUGAAGCGUCAUCAACUGGUUCACAGGGAACAGACCCUUCAGUGCCCCAAAUGCCCCAAGCAAUUCAAAUGGCAACAAUCACUAAAUGAUCACAUUGCUGCCCAUCAAAACGACCAAGUAGGACAACUCUUCAUCUGCCCAAUGUGCUCCAAAAAGUUUGAAGAUGAAGAAAAACUGGCACAACACAAACUCCAGCACAUAAAUAGCCACAUCUGCUACUACUGCCCUAAAAUCUUGGGGAGAAAAUACCUAAAACUUCACAUCCGGAAGUAUCAUCCGGGACUACCGAUGAAUCUUGACGGUAUAGGUCCUCUGGCGUGUACCAUUUGCAAGAAAGUUUUUGUCAAUUUGAAAUUCCUCAAAAAACACGCUGCAACCCAUCCGCUGGAGCUUCCAUUUGAAUGUGCUCACUGUGGGAGGAAAUUCCAAGACAAGAAUGACAUAAAAAUUCAUCUCCAGAAGGUUCACAUAUUUCCGGAAAAGAAGAACCCCAAUGGGGAGAUUACAACCUUCCUCUGCCCGUACUGCAGCAACAAAUACCGGGAACGAAAGGAUUUGAUUCGGCACCUGCCAACACACAAAAAUGACCAACAACCCUUUCAAUGUGAGAUCUGUUGUGAGAAAUUUCGCUUGAAUAUCGAACUGACGCGGCACAAGAAGAAGCACGUGGCUGCAGUCCUGAAAUGCAGAUACUGCGGUGAUACUUUAAAGCAAAAGAAAAACCUCAUAAAGCAUGAGAAGAGGCAUGAAGAAGGCAUGCAGAUGAAGCUCAAUUUAACCUGUUGGUUUUGCAAUUUAUUCUUCUUCGAUGCAGAGCACCUGGAGAAGCACAUGAAGCUCAUUCAUGGGGAUUUUCCGGGAAUAAAAGUUGAAAAGGAUGAGGAGUCUCAAGUGCCUCAAAUGGCAACAUUGCAGCGGGAAAUUAAAACAGAAGGAACAGAAGACCCUGAAGACGUUCAAGAGAACUUGUUAGUUGAGAUUCAGACUAGAGUCAUCAAAGAGGAACCUUCAAUUGAGAUUAAAACUGAAUUUCAAUAAAAAAAAUUUUCUUUGAAUUA